CUUCUUUUCCUUCCAGGUGAUUUCAGGCAUCCUUUUUCUACAGAUAUGCAAGAAAACACAUUUUUGGUGAAGGGACAUUGUAUGUCUAUAGACCAGCCUGACGACACUGGUUCAAAACCGUCGAGUUACGUCCAUUCUGGAUCUUGAUUCAAUGGCUCAUUGGACAGCAAUAGAAUUCUCCUGAGACAAAGAAAACAGUCUAAAACAUCCUUAUCACCCUCAAUGCAACAUAAAUGACGCUAGAGAUAUUAUUUGUUUAUGGAAUUGAGGCGGUGAUCAGACUAUUUAGACACUAAAAAGUACCCAUAGUGCUUAUAAGAGCAUUUAUCCUAGCAUUUCUAUUCAAUUACCCAGUUAUGUCUGAUAUAAACUGCUACAGCCUGAUAAAUAAGGCAUCGUCUCCCUCAACCGAACUUCCUCUCUCAUGUCGUGUCCUUCCGACAACAGUUUUGGCCCGCGAGUCGAUCCGGACUGCCGUUCGUUCGACUUUACUUUGUUAUUUGAAGAUGCCUUCUUCGCACUCGCUCCAGCUGCCCUCUUUCUGCUUCUUGUGCCGUCGCGGCUGCAGCGUCUGUGGAGGGCGCCUGUGAAGUCGAGCUCAUAUCGACUCGCCGUUAUCAAAUUGAGUAUUCUCUCUGUUCUGUUUCUGCUCCAUCUUCUCUAUACGGUCUUGCGUGUCAAGACGUCGGUGCUGCACACGCGUCUCGGACUGGCCUCGGGCAUCAUCAACACCAUCGCCACAAUCACGGCUGCGAUACUUUCUUUCCUUGAAGACCAACGCUCGGUCAAACCGUCGGAUCUCUUGGUCGUUUAUUACUCCUUCGCAACAAUCUUGACUCUCCCACAGCUCCGCUCGCUAUGGGAGAUUCCCGCGCAGACCUGCCGUGCUUGGUGGACGGCCAUCUUGGUCUUCAAUUUGGCGGUGCUCAUCGUCGAAUCUUUUCACAAAAGGCGAUUCCUCCAGCCCCAGUAUCAGAAAACGGCAACCAGGGAGUCUCUCUGUGGGUUCUGGGGGCAGAGCUUCUUCCUCUGGACCCUGCCAUUCUUCCAAGUCGGAUAUUCUAGGGUUUUAGGGAUUGGCGAUCUGCCGGAAAUCGAUGCCGAUCUCCAGGCACGACAGGCAGGAGAGGAAUUGACGAAUGCCUUCAAGACGAACUCUGGAUUGAUGAGAGCUACUUUAUGUGCCUAUCGCUGGACCUUUCUCUCGGCAAUCAUACCCAGAAUAUGUCUCGCUGCCUUCACCUUCUGCCAACCUUUUCUCAUUACGGUGAUGGUUGACUAUAUGGAAGAUACAGCCAUAGACACACAACAAUACGGCCAGGCAAUCAUCGGGGCAUAUGUGCUAGUUUAUAUUGGAUUGGCAGUCUCGACAUCCGUGUAUUCUCGACAAGUCAAUCGAUUCAUCACCAUGACCCGUUCUGGGUUGAUUUCUAUCAUCUACACGCAUACAACCAAGCUCAAGGGUAGCGAUUUGGCUGAUACCGCAGCCGUGACGCUAAUGGGCACGGACACGGAGAGAAUCGUAGCCAAUAUGAAGCUUAUUCAUGAGACCUGGGCAUCGAUCCUCGAGGUUGCAAUUGCUGUCUGGCUCUUGGAGAGACAAUUGCAUGUUGCCUGUCUCGUUCCUGCUGUGGUUGCCAUAGGCUCUGUGAUGGCCAUUCACCCACUAUCCAGUCGUAUGGGGCAAGCUCAACGUGCGUGGAUCGAGAGAGUUCAGACCCGAGUGUCCAGCACGACAGAGAUGCUGCGAGAUAUCAAAUCCAUCAAGAUGCUUGGCCUGUCGGGCUAUAUGUUCAAGACUCUCACAGCCUUACGGAAAAUCGAGCUCAAGACUUCCCAGCGAUUUAGGAAGUUGAUGAUCGGAGAAAUAGUUUUGUCAAAUGUACCGGCCACGUUCGCUCCCUUUGCCACUUUUACUAUUUACGCGAUCAUUGCCGCCGUAAAACAUGACGCAACUCUCCUUUCGAGCCAGGCAUUUACCUCGCUGUCCCUGGUUACAUUGGUCACAAACCCAUUGCUCACGUUCAUUCAAUCGGUCCCUUCACUGAGGGAGGCAAUGGCCUGCUUCGAUCGCAUCGAGGAGUACUGUAAGAAGCAGCCAGUGCAGGCCACCCAGCAGUCUCUAAGCAAGGAAGAACUGGUUGAACAUAGAUCUCCUGGUGAACACUCUUAUCGGGGCCCGCAGCCAGCGAUAGAAAUGACGGGAUCAAGCCCGGAUGCACAAAGUAUAGUCUCGUUCAGAGAUGCUGACAUUGCAUGGUCCAGAGCCACCAUUCUUCAUAGCAUCAAUCUCACCAUAAAAGUAGGGAGAAUCAGCAUAUUCGUCGGACCAGUUGGUGCAGGCAAAUUAACCCUGUUACAAAGUAUCCUGCAGGAAACAACAGUCACCUCCGGUUCUAUCCACGUCCCGUGUCAUUCUUCUCUUGCGUACUGUGCUCAGACACCCUGGAUCAUCAACGACACUAUUCGCGAAAACAUCCUCAUGGGUGCCGAGACUGAUCCGAAAUGGUACGAAUUCGCUUUGUCGGCUUGUGGACUGCAGCAAGAUCUUCAGAAGAUCCCUGCUGGUGACAAUUGCAUGGCGGGGAGUAACGGGGUCUCGCUCAGCGGGGGACAGAAGCAACGCAUCGCAUUGUGUCGGGCUAUCUAUUCAAGAGCAAAACUGGUACUUCUGGACGACGUAUUCAGUGGACUCGACGCACAGAAUAUCUCCCUGAUUAGUGAUCGGCUGUUCGGUGAGGGUGGUUAUUUUCGGUCGGCGGGCGUGACGGUCCUUCUGGCGACUCAUACGGAGUCCAUCCUAGAGUACGCAGACAACAUAAUCGUUCUUAAAGAGGGACGAAUCGUCGACAUUUUAUCCUCGUCUUCGACCCUCAAGCCGGAGAUAGUCAAAUCUGCAUUGAAUACAAAUGUUACCGUCGAGGAAGAGGAGCAACCCACUGCGACGCAUGAUAAUGAUACUGCUAUUACAUCUCAGUCCUCUCCCAGACAGAACGGUACCUGGGAGGUCUACAAAUACUACUACCACAGCGCAGGCUUCAUCCCCUUCGCAGCCUUUAUCUUCUUCAACCUUUCUGAGGCUGUAUGCAGUAACUUUACCACAUUAUGGCUCGAGUGGUGGGUUGAGACAAAUGAAGAGCAGCCGAAUAAAGAUCUAGGGAUGUAUCUGGGUGUCUAUGCUUUGCUCUGGGCAUUGGCUUUCCUGAUAUUAUUAGUCAGUCUAUGGACCCUAAUCAUCUUAAUCAUCAAUAGCACGGCGUUAAACCUGCAUACCUAUCUUCUUCGGGCGACCUUGAGGGCACCCUUUAGCUUUUUCCAAACAGAUCAUGGAUCCCUGACCAACCGGUUCAGUCAGGAUAUGGAUUUGGUCGAUAUGGCGCUUCCGCUUUACGCGUCCAUGUACUCAGCAGGUACCGCCAAUUGUUUGGUCCAGCUGGUGAUCCUCUGCGUCCUGGGCAAAUACGUGGCUGUAUCAGUUCCAGGACUACUAAUCAGUCUGGUGAUUCUACAACGAUAUUACCUGCGCACCUCGAGGCAGAUCCGACUGCUUGAUCUAGAAAAUAAGGCACCCCUAUACAGUCAUUUCUCAGAGUCUGUGCAUGGUAUGAGCACCAUCCGUGCAUUCAACCUGCAGUCUCAUUUCCAUGAGAAGAUGUACAGGUUGCUGAACCGCUCACAACGCCCAUUCUACAUGCUCCUGUGUAUCCAGCAGUGGUUGACGCUGGUCAUGGGCCUGAUGGUAUCUGCCAUUGCACUGAUCAUUGUGAUCAUCGCCACCUCGCUGAAGGGCCAGUACACUGGUGCGACAAUGGGUGUAGCGCUCAACAUCGUCCUCUCCUUCAAUGACAGUCUCACUAGUACAUUGAAAAAUUGGACGAAUCUGGAGACUAGCAUCGGUGCGGUGUCUAGAGUCAGACAGUUCGUUCAGGAGACGCCAAAGGACCAACGUUCAGAUCUUCAUAUUGGAUCCUCUUCUCUUGAGAAUACCGAUAAAGUCAUCAUCUCAUUUGACAGCGUUUCUGCUGGAUAUAGUUCUACUUCCGUCUUGAAGAAUCUCUCUUUCAGAAUAUCACCAGGAGAGAAGAUCGCUAUUUGCGGCGCCUCGGGCAGCGGCAAGACCUCCCUGAUCAUGGCCCUCCUAGGAAUGAACACCAUCCACUCCGGCCGAGUAUCACUCAACGACCAUGACCUGUCGACGCUAAGCGAGAGCGAGAUACACGCGCUCAUCAAUGUUGUGCCGCAAGACCCAUUUCUGCUCCCCGGCACGACGACGAUCAGAGAAAACGUCGACCCGUUUGCUCGCGCCUCCGAUGAGGAAAUCGAACAUGCUCUCCGAAAAGUGGGAAUGUGGGAGAAAUUGAAUCCAGACAGUGGCGGUAAUCAUUCACAGCGAAGCAGGCUUGACAGCUCGAUCGGAAGAAGCUGGUCGAUCGGGGAGAAACAACUGCUGGCUCUUGCGCGCCCACUCGCGGUGCCAAAACCGAUUUUGAUCCUGGACGAAGCGAGCAGCAGUGUCGAUGCCGAGACGGAAGAGACCAUGCAGCGGAUCAUCGACACAGAACUCGCAGGCCGGACCGUUCUCUCUGUUAUGCAUCGGGUGCGGUUUCUUGACCGAUACGAUCGUGUGUUUGUUUUGAAUGGAGGGGAAUUAUCAAAGCGUAGAGAAUAGCUAUUUACCAUAGGUUAUAUAUAACCAUUGUGCUUAAUGAUAGUUAGUCGAGU